AUGAGGAGGCGCUCGGUCGCUCUACUCCUCCUUGUCGCGGCCACCUACCUCCCUGUAUCGAUCGCCACCGACACCAUCGACCUGACCGCGUCCAUCGCCGGCAACCAGACGCUGCUGUCCGCCCGUGGAGCAUUCAGGUUAGGCUUCUUCAGCCCGCCCGGCAGCCCCGCCGGCAGGACCUACAUCGGCAUUUGGUACGCACGCAUCCCAGUACAGACCGUCGUGUGGGUCGCCAACCGCCAGAACCCGGUCGUCCAAUCCCCGGGCGUCCUCAAGCUCUCCCCCGACGGCCGCCUUGUCAUCGUCGACGGCCAGAACACUACCGUUUGGUCCUCCUCGGCGCCCACCGGAGACGUGACCACCAAGGCCACGGCUCAGCUUCUCGACAGCGGCAACUUGGUCGUGAGCUCCGAUGGAAGUGGAUCGAGCCAGAGCGUGGCAUGGCAGAGCUUCGACUACCCGACGGAUACGCAGCUCCCGGGCAUGAAGGUCGGGGUGGAUCACAGGAGUGGCUUCGCCUGGAACAUGACGUCGUGGAGCAGCCCCGCCGACCCCUCCCCGGGGCAGUACACGGUCAAGCUGAUCACCGGCGGACUGCCUGAGUUCUUCCUCUUCCGCGGCCCGGCGAAGAUCUUCACGACCGGGCCAUGGAACGGCGUGGUGCUCACCGGCGUGCCGGAGCUCAAGACCGAGGCGUACACAUUCGUGCUCGUGUCAAACCCCAACGAGACGUACAGCACCUACUACAUCAGCUCCCCGUCUCUGCUGACGCGGCUCGUCGUGGAAGGCUCGACGGGGCUGCUGCAGCGGUACGUGUGGGCCGACGGCGCGUGGAACAACUUCUGGUACCACCCGACCGACCCGUGCGACAGCUACGCCAGGUGCGGCCCUUUCGGUUUCGCCUACUGCGACACCGCGCAUUCGCCGGAGUGUAGCUGCUUGCCGGGGUUCCAGCCGCGGUCACGGAAGUGGAGCUUCAGGGACGGCUCCGGCGGCUGCAUCAGGAAGACCAAGUUGAGCUGCGGGGACGGCGACGGCUUCUGGCCAGUGAACAAUAUGAAGCUGCCGGAGGCGACUAACGCGACGGUGCACGCCGACAUGACGCUGGACGAGUGCAGACAGUUGUGCCUGGCCAACUGCAGCUGCAGAGCCUACUCCGCCGCGAACAUCAGCGGGGGCGUCAACCGCGGGUGCGUCAUUUGGGCCACCGAUCUGCUUAACAUGCGGCAGUAUCCGGCGGUCGUGCAGGACCUGUACAUCCGGCUCGCGCAGUCAGAUGUGGAUGCCUUGAACGUCUCAGCUGCAGGUAAGCGCCGACGCACCUUGGUGAUCGCCGUCGCCGCGGCUAUUUCCGGCGCGCUUCUUCUGGCAGCCGCUGGCUGCUUAUGUUUCUGGAGAUGCAAGGCGAGGAGGAAGCGUCAGCUUCAGGCGCCAGGCAGUGGAGACAAUGUGCUUCCAUUCAGGACCAGAAAACACCCUGAUUUGAGCCCAGCAAGGGAGGACGAUGAGAACAAGAUGAGCUGUGGCGAAGACGAUCUCGACCUUCCGUUGUUCGAUCUCGCCGUGAUCCUCGCCGCCACGGACAACUUCGCGGCGGAGAGCAAGCUUGGAGAAGGAGGAUUUGGCCCUGUCUAUUUGUUUAGUCCUUACACGAAAUAUAAUAAUGAGCAGGGAAGGCUUGAGGAUGGGCAAGAAGUAGCUGUGAAGAGGUUGUCCAAGAAAUCAUCACAAGGUGUGGAGGAAUUCAAGAACGAGGUGAGGCUAAUCGCCAAGCUCCAGCACAGGAACCUGGUGAGGCUGCUCGGCUGCUGCAUCGACGACGAUGAGAGGCUGCUCGUGUACGAGUUCAUGCACAACAACAGCCUGGAUACCUUCAUAUUUGAUGAUGCAAAGCGUAAGUUGCUAGGAUGGAGCAAGCGCUUUGAGAUCAUUCUGGGGAUCGCGCGGGGUCUGCUCUAUCUCCACGAGGAUUCGAGGGUCAGGAUCAUCCACAGGGAUAUGAAAGCGAGCAACGUGCUGCUGGACAGGAACAUGGUCCCCAAGAUAUCGGACUUCGGCAUCGCGAGAAUGUUCGGAGGCGACCAGACAACGGCGUACACCCUGAAGGUCAUCGGGACAUACGGUUACAUGUCUCCGGAGUACGCCAUGGACGGCGUGUUCUCCGUCAAAUCCGACAUCUACAGCUUCGGCGUCAUGGUGCUGGAGAUCGUCACCGGCAAGAAAAUCCGAGGCUUCUACGACGCCGAGCUCGAUCUAAACCUCUGCGGCUAUGUUAGUGCGUGGAUGUUGUGGAAGGAAGGCAGGAGCACGGAGCUCCUGGACGAUGCGAUGGGCAGCAGCUGCGAUCACAGCCAGGUGCGGAGGUGCAUACAGGUUGCUCUCAUGUGCGUCGACGUGCAGCCUAGGAACAGGCCGAUGAUGUCCUCGGUUGUCAUGAUGCUGGCCGGCGAGAACGCCACGUUGCCGGAGCCAAAUGAGCCCGGCGUAAACCUGGGGAGGAACAGGACAGAUACAGGGUUUUCUGAAACUCAAAGUGAGUUCACUGUGACUACGACAGAUACAGCUCACAGCAAAAGUUAG